AAGUUUUCCUUGAAUUUUCUUCUCAUUUUUGAGUUUCUAAAAAUGUUACAAACAGUGUUAGUUAUAACUAUAUUUUUUAAUUGUUUAUUUGUACAGUAUUAUUCACCUGAAAAUCUUUUGUAUAUACUAGUACCACUCACACCUUUAUUUUUAUAAUGAAACGAUGGCUUUUCACUGGUUCUAUUGAGAAAGGGGUGGUGAGAAAGAGAUGCAAUAUGUGGGGUGCUUCAAAAAAGGGAAUAUGGAAUAUUAUAUCAAAGGAAAUGCAAGAGCAUUCUUAAUAAUGGUAAAGAUUCAACGAAAAUUCUUGACAUCUUCAUCAUGAUACCCAGGUGACCACGGACUGCAUGAGAAAGGUUAAAAUUUAGCAAUACCAGGCGAGCUGCAUUUUUUCUACAAAUGCUAUGCAACAUGUUAUAAAAUGUCGAUAUGAUGGAAAAUAACACACACAGGACUGAUGUCGUGCUACGCCGUAGCUGCGCACGCGUCUACGCGCAUGCUACGACGACGCUACGACAAUAUCUCGAGCGCCGGCUUCGACGAUAAUUUCUUAAGGGACGCGACACGACGGCGGCGCCAACGACGCGAGGACGCUUCUGCGGCGUCAUCGCGCGCGAAAUUGUGGGCUGCCAUUGGUCGAGCGGUCUCGGUUCGCGCGAGUGCAGAAUUAAUGCAAACAUGGGAACUGUAUUUUUCAAUUAGUUAGCGAAUUGUUAUGUUCACUUCACUUUACAUAAUUCAUGAUUAAUUUAUUUGCACAUAUGUACAGCAUAAGGAUUACAACAUAUUGUGCAGUUACAUGUACCCGGUGAAGACGUAGCAAUGUAACAUUAAAAUUUUACAAAAUUAUUGCGCUAUAACUGUCAGAUUACGUAAUAUAAAUCAUGUUAGAAAGAUGUGGAAAUAUUUUUACAUGCGGUUCAUAAAAUAGAGAUUAAGCGUCACAGAUCUUGUCAAAUAUAAUUAAGUCAAAUUCAAAUUAAUAUUUAUUUUAUUUUGUAAAUUUGUAUGACUAACAGCUUAAUUAACAAUUUAGCUUACAAAAUAAACAUUUUACAGUCAACUACAGGUUCUCAUAAGUAAGAACUAUUUAUAUAUCUUAGUUAGUUCGUAUUUAGUUAAUGUCUUAGCACGGAAAAAGAUAUUGUACAAUAUACUUACACGAGUUCAGCAAGCUCCUGUUCUAGGAGUACACAAUUGUCAUUAGAUUACCAGACCCGUAAUAAAUUGAUAAAAUUAAAUUUGAUCAUGAUUGUAUUACUUUAUCAAGUGUAGGUAAAUGUCCCGGCUACAUAAAUGAACACGUUAAUCUGAGCAAACACAGCUAUCGGUUACUGCCGCUCCCUAAAUGUACUUGCUUUAAUUAAAUUAUACCACAAUUAUCGUAAUAAUCGUCGUGAACACAUUGAUAAUAUUAUGUGCCUUUAUCCCCGCGGCAAUGAGAGGUAUUACAGUCAUAACUUUGUGUCUUUUGUUUAUUGCUUCAAAUCCUUUCAAGUUUCAACUUAUUAUUUAGAUAACUAAACUAUAUUUUAGACUCAUUAGAAAAUUGUUCUUCCAUCAGAAAAAUUCACCAGCAUUUUGAUGUUAAUCGUCAUAUCCGUAAAUCUUAUCAUUCAUCCUUCUUCAUGACAAUUUUAUGUCAUAAUUACAGAAAUAUAUACAUAUGUGUAUUUUACAAAAUUUAUAUUUAUUGUCAUUAUCCUUUACGAAGUAAACAAGAGUUAAAAGUCGUGAACCUCUAAAGCCACCACGUUUAGACAGCUGGUUGGCGAUAGGACCCGGAAAUAGUGGCAGGUUCACAGCAGCACCCCAUCGCCUAUGGAAGCAAUCCCCAGUUUAUUAGCCCUUUUCUGUGACUGACUGAUUGCUGACACAGAUUAUUAACAAUCUACGUGAGUGGAGAAGCAGUCGGCACUUUCUAUGGUUUUCCUUCGCUCUCAGACUCGUGUACAAUACAUAUAUACAUCAGUACCCAUUAAUACUUUGUAUCACGGGUAUGAUAAUGUUAGCGACCUGGUUCGCUCGCUUUCCAAUAUUUGCUUUCGAUAACUUUCUCGAUAUCUGUAUCUGAGCAAACAUCGCUAUCUCGAGACCUGCCACACAAUGAAUAAUAAAUUUAGCAACACUACAUUUAUUAUUCAUUUCUUUUGACCCAAUAUUGUCCAUUCUUUGGUCAUGUGCGUUACUGGUUGUUUGGCGUUGAUCUAGCUUGUAGCUUUCUGCUUUAGGACUAUACUAUUGCGUAAAAUCCCUUUCUUCAUUUGAUCUCUGGUCUCUUGCUAACCAUGAGCCCAAAGCACCAAACCCGAAGGCACACUGUAUUGUAAUACGGCUGUAUUCUUACACCCCAUGAUUUUCCAUUGGAUGGAUUGUCAUACUUUCUCUGUCUCUAUUCGUGUUCGUUCGUUUUCCACUUUUCAAAUCCACACAUCCAUCUUCACAUUAAAUAAGACCACGACACUACCCAAUCAAAAAGCCCAUUUUAAUUUCUCGUCUUUCUUCUUUCCCGGUAUGUGGACAAAUAUAUUUAAAUGGAAUAAUGUCCAAACUACUGCAGUCUUUAAUGUUUCAGAAUUGCAUUGAAUAUCCCCCCAAUCAAGUCACUUGGAAAAAUUAAAUAAAAAACCACACUUUCAUAUCUUUAUCUUGCGAAACCUAUAUUCCGAUAGUAUUUGACAUAUAAAACGUAUAAUCGGGACUCGCGCUUCUUAGUCCGCGUUAUAUGCGUGUGCGCAUAUCAUCGUUACUUUUAUCUACAAAUAUACAAGACGCAUCUUUAAUCGAAUAGAUUACAAGAAAGGGAUUAUCCGUGAUUCUUUUGUUUUGACUUGAUAAAGGGGGUAGGAAGUGAAAGUGACAAAUCAUUGUUUAUACGUGACUAGAAAAUUUUUAUAUGUUCUAUUUUUAACGUACUUAACAGUAUCUUUUUCUUAAUAUAAAUCUUAAAUUUCAAUGGUUUUAAGAAAACUUGAUGUUCUUGGUCAUUUGGUCAAAUAAAAGUGUUCUUUGUUACUUGUUUCUUUUAACUUCAUUCAUUUUUCUUAUUUAUAGUAGAACAAUUAAAAUAGUAGGAUAUAUUUUUGAAGUCGUCAUCUCUAAUAACAAUUUUUGCAUAAUAUGGGAAAGAAAUUAUGAACGAGUAAAAUUGCGACAAGAGUCAUAUAGAUUGGUUCUUACUGAACGUAUUGUGUGAUUAGUGCGUGCCACUAAUUUGUGUUUUUGAAGAUUCCCCGGAAGACGACUGAGAUGGAUCUAAGUCAGCGGCGUCGAGAAUCACCGACAUGGCUGGCGUACCCAGAGUGGCGGCUGCGCACUCUGCUGCGGCGAGCGUGCGCCACGCGACCUCCGAGGCCCACGCGGCCCAGUGUCAUCAAAGUCUCUGGCCGCGGCGACGUCGGCUACUUCAACACACAAAUGGUUUUCGACCUUAAAGAGGAAUCCGGGGAGCUGAUCAAGUCGCCGUCGCCGCCGCCCAGCCACGAUGGCUCGGCGAGUGGCGAAGGUGAGGGCGAGCUGAGCGGCGACGAGCGCGCCCCCUCCCCGCCCCGCGCGCCCUCCGCCCCGCUGCCGCACGCCGCGCACCCCGCGCACCCCGCACACCCCGCACACCCCGCGCACGCGCCGCACUCGCACGCAUCACAUGCCGCAGCUUCUGCAGCCACUGCCGCUGUUUUUACGGCAGCAGGCGCGGGCAACGCGCUGGCACAACUACAGCACCUACUGCUGACGCCGGGCGCGCACUCGCUGCUGCUGCACUCGCAGGUGCAGCAGGCGGUGGCGCAGGCGGCCGCGCAGCAGCUGCAGCAGCUGCAGGCGCGCGCGCACCAACCCACACCAGAUGGACGCUCGCCGUCGCCGCGCCGCACGCCGCCGGGCGCGGGCGCGUUCCUGACGCCGCACACGCCGGGCUCGGGCCGCGCUCGCUCGCCGCUACGCUCGCCGCUACGCUCGCCGCUCGCGCACUCGCUCGCCAACACGCCGCUACACGCGCACGCGCACAAGCCGCGCGCACUCGAGCCCGCCGCGGAUGACACCGCAGAUCUUGAGGAGUUAGAGCACUUCGCUAAGACCUUCAAACAGAGGCGGAUAAAACUUGGGUUCACGCAGGGCGACGUGGGGCUGGCAAUGGGCAAGCUGUACGGGAACGACUUCUCGCAGACCACCAUUUCCCGGUUUGAGGCGCUCAACCUCAGCUUCAAGAACAUGUGCAAGCUCAAGCCGCUGCUGCAGAAGUGGCUCGAGGACGCCGACUCGUCGCUGUCGGGCGCGGGCGCGGGCGGCGGCGGCGGCGCGGCGCCGGGCGCGCUGGCGGAGGCGGUCGGGCGCCGCCGCAAGAAGCGCACGUCCAUCGAGUCGGGCGUGCGCGUGGCGCUGGAGAAGGCGUUCCUGCACAACCCCAAGCCCACCUCCGAGGAGAUCGCCGCGCUCGCCGACGCGCUCUGCAUGGAGAAGGAGGUCGUGCGCGUCUGGUUCUGCAACCGUCGACAGAAGGAGAAACGCAUCAACCCCCCGGCGGGCGAGAGUGGCGGGGGCGUAUUGCCGCUGGUGCCGGCGCACACGCACACACACACGCACGCGCACACUCACCCGCACACACACGCGCUGCACUCGCUGCAGCCGCUGGCGCUGCUGGCGCGUCCCCCCCGCGACUGACCCGCCCCCCCCCACAUCCCGCGAUUCUUCCUCUACGACGACGUCUGAGGACACGGGCGGACGUGACACAAAUCUUAAUAGUUAAUAUCGGUGACUCAGUACCGAUGGAAACAAAGAGGAACUAAAAACACUGAAGAAUGGACUCUAUCACUUUUAUGUCCCACACUUACUAGUUACAUUUUUUAUUCAAGAUGCACCUCGUGACCGAUAAGGAAGGAUGUUAAAAAUUAGUUUUAGGCUCGAUGGGACACGUGGUAAAGUUUAUUUUUCUAUGUUCUUAGAUUCUUCGAUUUCUUUGGUGGAAGGAGUGAAGAAAAUGAGUUAUCGCAAUACAAUCCUAUCGUUCCGAUUUAAAGAUCAAUUUUAUGAAGUCAAACACAGAGUACCCAUAAUAAUGAACAUUAUGAUCUAUAAGAAUUAAAGCAAUAAAGCAAAUUUAAAAUAUUCCAUGACAUGGAAUAAAAUUACGAUUGAGACCAAAUUGCGAUACGUUUAGAAAUCAAAUUAUCAACAAGAUAAUUAUGCAUGUCUACAUGUUUGAACAAUAUUCGGUUACAUUUCAUAUAAGACAUGCCAACUCGUAAGGUCCUCUCCACAAUGAGUCAUUUUUCCUAAGUCCAAGGAUGGUCUACUAGUAAUUCCAUUAAGAAGUAGUGAUUUUAUUGUAAAUAUGUCUUAGCGAACCAUUCGAGAAUGUGACUUUUUGUGAACUGUACCUUUUGGAAACUGAAAAUUUACAGUUUUAAUUAAAAUAUGACGAGUUCCAUAUUUUCAUGUGAUUUCGAAAUGUUAUCAUUAUUAUUGUAAUAAGUGACAAUUCUGUGGUGUAAGGUAAAUGGCUGAUCAAAAUUUACUUUUAAUUUUAAGAAUAGAUUGAUUGUAAAAGACACGUAAAAAUAAGCAUUCCUGGUAAAAAAAUCGACAAUUUUGUAUAUAAAAUCAAAUAAUUUUAUAAAUUUGUUGGCCGGAUUUUAUGACCUCAAUACCACAUACGUUAUUGGUUCCUUACCAUUUGAUCAUAUUUUUUAUGAAUUCGAUUUUUUAACCUUAUCCGCCCCACUGCUGGACAAAGGUUUCGCCCAACUCCGCUGUAACGGCUUUGAGGGAAUUAGAGAAAACAAAGUUAUCAUAAGCUGCAAGAUUUUGCACUUGGAUAUUAUUUUUUGUUCUCAUGUUAGGUAGACUGUAUUCUCAUUGUUGGUUUUGUUUUCGUACCCGUUUCACCUGUCUUGUUUACGAUAUCAUAUGUGGUACAUAGUUGUCCAACAUGAUCAUUAUAUUUGUACUAUCAUAAUGUUACUGUGGGAUCCUGUUAGUCCUGAGAGGAUUUAGAACUGUCCAGGCCCUUCGGGAUGAUCCGGCUAAAUUAACGGUGAAGGUCGUUCGGCCGGACUCGGGCGGGCCUGGCGCCGGCCGAUGUACAUAGCCGCCUGUACAGUUAGCGUAGUUGUAUAUAGGUGUAUAUGAUAUGGGCGACGUAGACUAAGUUUAUAUUCGUGGAUGUAUUUAUGUGCGAGCGAGCGCCGGCGCGCUUAUCAGCGCCGGCCGUAGAGAUAUCUGUAUGUUACAAUAAAACAUGAUAGACUUUAAAAA